AUGCUCAAGGGGCUGGCUCUCGCCAACUUAGAUGUGGAGAAAGCGGAGAAGGGCUUCCAGGCGCUGCGGGGAGCGUGGUUGCAGAUCGGUACAUGCGUGCCGGGACAGGAGUGCUACAGCGACCAGAUCCAUUUGAUGAUGCUGCUGGUCCUUCUCUGCCUGACCAUCGGAAGCAUGCUCUGUGCCUUUGGCUUCUUUCGAGAGGACAAGGAUGAAAUGUUCACUCCGCUGACGCCCCAGCUGGUGGUGAAGAAGGAAGCACAGCUCAACAUGAGAUUUCCCUUCGACACGCAGGAGGAGAACUUCGAGAUUCAUCGGAUGGAUGGAGAGGUUCUCUGUAGAGUAGCCUUGGAGUGGCCAGAUCCCUUCCGGGAGGGCUCCUCGUCGAACGCAGGCGUUCUCGGCAGCUUUAAGAUCCAAAGCGCCAAGGGGAACAGCAUCGCCAUCGUGAAAGCCAGGCAACACAGCGCCAUGGGCCAGAGCCUUCAGCUUUGUGCCUUGGAUCUCUUGGAUUUCCGAGGGUGA